AUAGUCCAAAGCUUGCUGCUAUCGUGGAAUUGCCGUAUGCAACCUCAUGUUCUUUGCCAAAGUACAGCCUGACAUGCGCUGUCUAUACAGUAGUUUGCCUAAAGAGCAGCUGCAGGGUCGCUAUUGCCUUUGCAGCUACUAUGAUGUCACGACUAAUGGGGCUUGCAGCGCCGCUGUAAUCACAAAUUCUAUGCCAUUGAACCCGAUGCAUCAACAAACCAGCCUCAUAGGCCAUUGGACCGGAAAGUUCAGUCUACACACUCAUCCCUGGUAUGCAUCCCAAAAUGCAGAGCAACUACUUCGUCUGCACACUCGGUCAAGCUGCCGCCCUGAACACCAAUCCGAAGCCAUACCGGAACAUUAGCGACUUUCUCAGUCAGCAAUCCCAGCAUCAUCCGUUGCUCCCCGCCGUUGGCUUCCCCAUACCGCGAACAGGCCAACAGAAUUGGGAUUAUCGGGUUCUUACAUUUGCAGACGUUGACCAAGGCACCAAUGUCUUCGCCUCACGCCUGGCAAAGUCUCUUGGUAUUUCUGGAAAGGCAGAGACGGUCGCUUUGCUGUGCCACAGCUCUCCGGAAUUUCUCUUCACCUGGUUAGGCCUAAUCAGACUAGGAUACUCUGUUCUUCUGAUAGCACCACAAUGUCAACCAGCUGCCAUACUACAUCUCUGUACAUCGUGCGAAGUUUCUGAUUUCUUCUACGAUGCUGCUCAUGCAGAACGAGCGCAAGAGACAAAGAAUCUGGCAAAAGAGCGGGGAACUUCUGGGCUAGAAGUACGCCUGCUGCCUAUGAGCGAUACAGAAGACAUCUUUGAAGUCAUCCAGACUUCGCCAGGAACCAGCAUCGAACCUCUUCACGUAGAUGAAAGAGCAAUCGCGUAUCUCCAUCAUACAUCUGGAACCUCUUCAGGUCUACCGAAGCCUAUACCACAGUCUCAUCGCGCCGCUAUUGGCGUGCUUCCACAUCUCCCUAGAAUCCCCUCCUUAGCGUCGUUCACCACAACGCCACUUUAUCAUGGUGGCAUCGCAGAUCUCUUCCGAUGCUGGACAAGCAAUGCUAUGAUUUGGCUUUUCCCAAGCAAAGAUAUGCCCAUAACAGCACGCAAUAUCUGUAGUUGCCUGGAUGUGGCUAGGUCAUACGCGGCGACUGAGGGACUGCCUAAGGUCAGAUAUUUCUCGUCGGUACCGUAUGUUCUCCAGAUGAUGGAGGCAGAUGGAAAAGGUCUCCAAGUGCUUCAGGGCAUGGACAUCGUGGGUGUUGGAGGGGCUGCGUUGCCAGCAGAAGUCGGCGAUCGAUUGGUGAAGAAUCGAGUAAACCUCAUCUCAAGAUUUGGGAGUGCGGAGUGUGGCUUCAUUCUAUCGUCGUAUCGAAAUUUUGCCUCCGAUAAUGACUGGCAGUAUCUUCGAAACUACAAUCCACGAAAUCUGAUAGAGUUUGAGAGGCGUGAAGAUGAUCUAGCUGAACUGAUCAUCAAGCCGGGAUGGCCGCACAUGGCGAAACAGAAUCGACCAGACGGAUCGUUCGCCACUGCCGACUUAUUCGCGGCACACCCAACGAUUAAAGACGCAUGGCUGUAUCAUUCGCGAGCAGACUCACAGCUCACACUAAUAACAGGAAAGAAAUUCGACCCAGCACCCUUGGAAGACGCUAUCGCGACGUCGCCUUACCUCGACGAUGUGUUGAUAUUCGGCAACAACCGACCUUUCCCAGGUGCUCUCCUUCUGCGAUCACAGGAGGCGAGCAACAUGUCAGACCAAGAGCUUCUUGAAUGUAUCAAGAGUCAAGUCGAGAAAUUGAACAGCGAGAGUCAAGACCAUGCUAGAAUACCCUUUGACAUGCUGAUCCCCCUCUCUCAUCAAGACGAGCCGCUCGAAAAGAGUAGCAAGGGGACGAUCAUCCGCAGAGCAGCAGAAUCUCGAUUCGAAGACAUCAUCAAUUACGCAUACAAAUCUCAAGACUCCGAGUCAUCACCUGAAGUCAGUGACAAGGAUUUGCCUCAGCAUCUGAUUGGUCUCAUCCAAAGCAUGACCGGACAGACGGCAGGAUUAAACGAAGACAUGGACUUGUUUUCCUACGGGGUGGACUCUAUUGCGUGCAUGCAGUUGAGAACGCGCUUGAGACGCUUGAUACCCAACUUUGAAGGCCAGCUUCCAAUGAGCGUCGUCGAAGACUGUGGUACUAUACGAAGACUGGCAGAUUACGUCUUGCGAAAGAGGCAUGGUCAGAUCGACUCCGAUGGUGAAGACGAAGAGAAGUUGAUGCUGGACUUGGUAAAGCAAUACGGCUCGUUCAAGACGACACCACAGCAAACUGCCACCACAAAUGGAUUGAUUGGAGACAAUACAGGCAGCGAAGUGGUAGUACUUACAGGAGCCACCGGUGCUUUGGGAGCACACAUUCUAGACCUGCUGCAAAAGACGUCGAAUGUUGAAGCUGUCUAUUGCCUUGUCAGAGGGGUAGAUGAGCAUGCAGCAAGGGAACGUGUGAGCAAAGCACUAGAGCAGCGUGGAUUGGUUAACCUGUUAUCAUCGGGGUCCCCCAAUGGUAAGAUCAAAAUCGUGACGUCUCAACUAGGAGAAAAACGUCUGGGGCUUAGCGACGAAGUGUACGAGUUCCUUGCGCAGAGAGUAACUUCAAUCGUCCACGUUGCUUGGACUGUCAACUUCCGUCUCAAGUUGCGCAGUUUUGAGAAAGACAACAUAGCCGGUGUAAGAAACUUGCUCGAUCUCGCCCUGAAGUCACCCCAAUCGCAGCCUCCGCGCUUCACAUACUGUUCUUCCACUGCGGCCAUCAUGAACGGCUCUCUCGACGCAUCGGGUGAGCUACCCGAGCGACUAUCACCGGAGCCCUCUUCUGCGUCUCCGCUGGGUUAUUCGCGUUCAAAAUGGGUUGCAGAGCAUAUCUGCCUUGAAGCGCAUAAUCGGACGAGUCUUCGCGGACGUAUCGCAGUUGUCCGUGUGGGUCAGCUUGCUGGUGAUUCGAUGUCAGGGGUAUGGAACACGAAGGAAGCCUGGCCUAUGAUGUUGAGUACUGCGAAGCUCAUUAAAUGUUUGCCCGAUCUUGGAAGCGAGCCUCUAGACUGGCUACCUGUCAAUAUUGCUGCGAAAGCGUUCCUUGAGGCCACUGGUCCAAUCAAGGGGGGAGAGGACAUGCCAGUGUUCCAUGUAUUGAAUCCGCAUCAGGAACCCGACUGGAACCAGAUGUUGCAGUGGCUGCAGAAGAAGGAAUGGUUCGAAAUUGUUACGCCCAAGGAGUGGGUGGAGCGAUUAGAGCAGGCUGGUGACUCGAAUCAUUCUGCGCUGAAGUUACUAGGAUUGUGGAAAGAGUCGUACGGCAACGGUAUGGAGUACAGUACUUCAAGACCGCAGUUCUCAACAGCGGAAACGAGCAAGUGCGUACCGGCGCUGAGGGACGUCAAGCCCCUGGACAAGGAGUACAUUGAAAGAAUCUGGUACUGGAUCCAGCAGAACGUGCAAUAAAAAUAGUCAACGGGGGAAAGUAGGAGCAGCGGUAUGCUCAGAGGGUGUCCAGUACCUGUCAUAGCC